AGCCGAGGAUGGACGGCAUCCUGGAGGGGGAGGGGGACCUCGCCCUGUCCCACAACGGCUCGCUCAACGGGACGCAGGACAACCAGUUUGUGCAGCCCGCCUGGCAGAUCGCCCUCUGGGCCGUCGCCUACGCGCUCAUCGUGCUGGUCUCCGUGGUGGGCAACGUGGUGGUGAUGUGGAUCGUCCUGGCGCACAAGAGGAUGCGGACGGUGACCAACUACUUCCUGGUGAACCUGGCCUUCGCCGAGGCCUCCAUGGCCGCCUUCAACACGGUGGUGAACUUCACCUACGCCAUCCACAACGAGUGGUACUACGGGCUGCUCUACUGCAAGUUCCACAACUUCUUCCCCAUCGCCGCCGUCUUCGCUAGCAUCUACUCCAUGACCGCCAUCGCCAUGGACAGGUACAUGGCUAUUAUCCACCCACUGCAACCCAGGCUGUCAGCCACAGCCACCAAGGUGGUCAUUGGCAUCAUUUGGUUCUUGGCUUUGCUGCUGGCAUUCCCGCAGGGCUACUACUCAAUGACGGCAGAGCUGCCCAGCAGGGUGGUGUGUCUGGUGGAUUGGCCAGUGCUGGAAACCAAGGUGUACGAAAAAACGUAUCACUUCUGCGUGACUGUGCUGAUCUACUUCCUGCCACUUCUGGUCAUCGGAUUUGCCUACACAGUGGUUGGCAUCACCCUCUGGGCUAGUGAGAUACCAGGCGAUUCUUCUGACCGCUACCACGAGCAAGUGACAGCUAAACGGAAGGUGGUGAAGAUGAUGAUCAUUGUGGUGUGCACCUUUGCGAUCUGUUGGCUCCCCUACCACGUCUACUUCCUUCUGCAGUAUUUUAACCCCCACUGGUACAUGCAAACAUUUAUACAGCAGGUCUACUUAGCAAUUAUGUGGCUGGCCAUGAGCUCGACCAUGUACAACCCCAUUAUCUACUGCUGCCUUAAUGACAGGUUCCGCGUCGGCUUCAAGCACGCUUUCCGGUGGUGCCCUUUCAUCAGUAGCAGUGAAUACGAGGGGCUGGAAAUGAAGUCUGCCAAGUACCUCCAGACCCAGAGCAGCAUGUACAAAGUCAGUCGCAUGGAGACCACCGUGUCCUCGGUCAUUGGCAACACUGAGGAGGAAUUUGAAGACAGCAACAAAGGGAAGCGCCUCUCUGUGGACAUGACGUCCAACGGCUCCUCCUGCAGUGACUCUAAGACAGUCUCCGAGAGCCUGAGCUUCUAUUCCAACACCCUUUCCUAAAGCUGCCACCUAGCCAAGCCACAGCUACAACACCCAGCCUCCUACCAUGCCCCCUGGCCUCCAUUCAAUGUGUAUCCAGGUGCCCUCACAUCUGCCUCUUCCUGCCCAAGAUGCUGCAGCUUUGUCGUGACAGUCGCUGCUGCUCAUCCCUUCUGUCUGACAAAAUGUGACAACCCCUCUGCCCUUUUGUGGUAUUGUGAAGGUGUUUGCUGUACUUGAUGCUUCACUAAUGACACUGAGUGAAUAUGACUUCUCAUUUAUGGUUCAGCAUGACAGAAGAGCAGGGAAAAGGAAGGCCAAACCUAUUAGAAAGUUGUUCUAGAAUCGUUGUUCCUGGUCCUGCUAUGCCCUUGAAUGUGAAAUGCAGUGUUGGCAUUUCCCCAGCCUCUUCCCAUCUUUGUUGAUGAACCUACCUACUCCCAUGCUCUGUGCUGGAAGCUCAGGAAUAAGACGGAGGAACGAUAUCAAGAAGGCACAGUCCGGCAGGCUGUAAUUCAAGAGUAAAUGCAAAGUUAGCAUCCAUCUCCUUGCUUACCAAGCAGAUGUUGCAGCAAGGUUCCUCUCCUGCAUGUGCUCUCUCAUGCCCAAAGGAUUCCUGUUCCUUCAGCAAACUGAAUGAGUUCUUGAAGUUAAAUGUGACCAUGCCUUACUGAAGACACGGUUCUUUGGGUAAAUCCAAUAUCUUGUAGUAGGCCAACUUAAAUGGUUGGAAAAAAAUCUCUUUAAUUAAUAAGGCCAUGCCUUAUGGUCACUCUCUCCUGCUCCUUGCCCUAUUCUGGAUUUUGCUUAGUAUAAUCUAGAACAGAUCCUGUACUAAAAAAAAAAAUCAGGACUCCUGUAGGAUACCACCCUGCGCUUAGCCUGUUUAGCCUCUUCUGUUCCUAGAUUUGAGAACUUCAGUUCAACUUUUGAUUGCAUCCUCCAUCUGCUAGGCUCCCCAUGCACAAUGCAAAAUUUCUGGGGUAUAUGUUCCAGGGCUCAAUAUGUUUAAUUAAAAAUGGAUACCAGAAUGCAACAAGAGGGAGCAACCACUGUCACAAAACAUGGUUUGCCAACUGAACAGAAGCCUGGCAACUAACAUUCCUCCUAUUUUUCUCACUGCAGACAGUAACUGUGUCCAACAAACAAGCAGGGUUUUUUGGCCUUUUCCUAAAGGAUUUUCCUCAAGGCAGUGAGAUAUUGUGAGUGUGAUAUGAAGAGUAUCAAGAGAAGGGGGAGUCAAAAAUAUACAGAAGCAUUUGUUUCACAAGGUUAUCACAUACUAGCUAAAAUUACUUAGCAGUUGUAGACAGAACCGUUUCUACCGGAAACUGCAGUUUUGUCAAAAAAAUCUAAGUGUUUUGUGAGUAUGCGUCAGUUUCUAUGACACUUCUGACAGCCAAGUGUCUAAACAAAUCAUUUUAACUUCCUUGUUUUGUUUCAAUCCGGUAAAAAUUCUUCUUUUUGGCUCUAUCCUUUUUUGGUGUUUAUACUAUUACAUUUAUUAUAGAUCUAUAUUUCAUAUUUUUGUAUAUUUAUAUUAUACAAUUUCACCUUUAUUGAGAUCAUUUCUGGUAUUACAGUGAAAUGGUUGUGUUUCAGGUUAGGUUUUUAAAUUUCUCUUACAUGAAAAUUUAAUUUCCCAUUCCAGUUGGAGGGAAAACACAUUUCAGAACGUCAGAGUUUUCCAUGGGACAAAACCUCAGCUCAAAUGCUACAUUAUUCUCAAGAUCUCAUGUUGAUUAUCAAGUUUGCAUUAGCCAUAUUAUAAACCUUGGGUGCAUGAAGCAGCAAUAGUAUUAUCUGCAGCUUGUAAAAGGCUGGUCACUAUAAGAAACUGAAAUGUUAUACACAGGUGUACAGCGAUUUAGAUACGGAAUAGGGGAGCUCUGCGUGUACCCCUGUUCACCCACUGAAAUUUAAGGUGUUAAAUCAGCUGUCAGUUGGUCAGGUUCUUUACUAUUCCACCUGUGAAGUAGCUGCCAAAGGAUAUAGCUGUUAUAUCAAUCCCCAACCUGAAAUUUUUCUAGACAGAAAUACUCUUAUGUAAGAAGGAAUGCCCAGAGAAGUUUACCGAACCCAUAGAUUUCUCUAGACAGCAUUAUUGCUGCUAGGUGCAGCUGGCAAGAGCCUCCUUGUACCCUUUUAGUCUACGUUCUGCCCAACUCCAUCACUCAGAAGCAGUCUUCUGGACACUAUAUGGGGCCAGGGCCGUGCCAUUCUUUAUAGCCAUGACUUCGUAGGGUUACAGGGUGCUACCCUUCACACAACACUUGCUACCAUUAUAACCGCCCAUAAAUGGCCCACUUCUCCUCCGAUUCUCAAGAAGAUCUCUCAUCUUCUUUAUCCUGUUCCCUUGCUGCCACUACAUCCUUCAAGCCACUGUCCACUGACAUCUUUGACAUGGGGAAUUGGAAAGGUCAUGGAUGUAGGUGAGGAAGACAUGCAGGCUUCAGCCCCACUUGACAGCACAGUCCUCCCACCACACCACUGAAGUGCCAUACAGCACUCUAGACAGCAUACGCCUGGUAAAC